GUGUGUACGGUGGCGGCGAGUUGAACCCUAAACCUACGGUGCCCCGCACAUUUCAUGUUAGGUGCAUUGGAUCAUGGCCGAAUUGGCUCACUUUGUUCUGCUCCUCCGCGGCGGGUGCGGGUUCGGGUCCGAGCUGCCCGGAAGUCUCGCAUGCAAGGAAGCGGCCUCGCAGCCGCCGGGACGGACCCGGGGCUGAAUGCAGCGUGCGAGUGUUAACUCUGGCAGGGCCUUCAGCUGGGCUCGGUUCCCGUUAUCCUGUGUACGCCGGCAGCGCAUCGGACGGGGCCACCUCUCCAAGAGCCGGCGAGGAAGGCAUGAUGAUACCCCUUGACGUCGUUCGCACGGCACCCCUUUCUGGGUAGUGUGCUUUUCGCUGGCUUACGGUGUACACACAUACAGUUCUCUCACUCUGCAUCGUGCAUUCAUUGUGUUGGCCAGCUCCCGCUCCCGCUCCGCCGACGACCGCGCUGUGCGCCCAGUAUUUGAAUUAAUGUUGUCUCCGUUUAGCCAGAGAUCGCGCACUACGUCUGGUGUUCCUCAACACGGGUAGUCGUCGCCGCCGCUAGUCUCCGAGCACUUUUCCUUGGUGUGGUUUCAUUUUUUUUCUUUCCACUUUCAUCUUCCUUUCGUAUAAAUUCUUGGCAAUUGUUUGCAAGACGCUCGUGAUAAUUCCGGGGGUGCUUUCGCGGACCGUCUGCUGUCUCAUGAAGCGCGAUUUUCUGAUUUUCAUGUGAGGGGCUGUUCUCCAUCUCGCAACACACGGACAAGUCGGGAAACAGCUUCGGCUCGGCUUUCAUGCGGCCUUUGUACGAUCGCCAGAGACGGCAUAGUUGGAUUCCCGCGCGGGGGCACCGAACAGUGCAGUGGUGAAUAAUUCCGAGUUGAAAUAUCCAAAUUGUAGGCGCUCGGGCGCUUUUCAUUCGACUAUAAAUCCGUCGGGACGUCGCUGGUCAGAAGUCGUCGGGCUGGGGGCCAACCUCUCCUGGGUUCAAUUCGGACAGGAUUAGGAAACGACAAAUGAAAAUUCGCCUAACAAAGUCCCGUGGUGCGGCCGCGUAGGGGAUCGUUGGUCAUUUCGCGAAGUUAUUGGAUCUGGUCGUGCCGGGAGCGCCGCUUGGCGGCCGAAUGUCAAUUGAUUGAUUUUGGGCUCCGGCCGCACGGGCAUAGUUACUCCAGCGACACUAAGCAAAAUUGUGCCGGGAGUCAAUAACGCGCGUGAUAAUCCCAACCCCGCGGCUGGCUACACGUCGUAAUCGCAGUUCUCGCGACGGGAGGGAACCCUUCCGGGCUCCCAUCGGGACGCAUGGUGGUGGCAUACACAGGUGUACGCGAGAAACGCAACUUCCGCGAACGCCCUUGUCCUCAUCGGAGAGAAUCCUUCAUCCAUAUUUAGCCCCGUCUAAGUUAAUGCUUACGCGGUAAGAACUCGUGUCGCAUGAUCGGCCGCUGGACAGUAGUAUAAAUGUGAGUGUGUGUGUACAAACACGAAGUUAACCGCAAUUGAUGUGAAAGCAGCCGCAGCACCGCACCAGCACCAGCCAAUUUUAUAUAUUUGUGGAUAAACUCAAAGUAGGAUAUAUUAAACUUAUUCUGACCGCCUGCGGUGUCGAUAUGGAUUAAUUUUCGUGCUAGAAUAUCAAUUGACAACUCAUCGGGGGAACCCCCCGGUCGUUUGACGUUCUCCCUAAUUCCUCGGAAGUAGUGUCAGGAUUGCAAGGCUUUCCUCCCCCUUGGUCACCUCCAGAGACGAUUUUUCCGGCUGAUUCCAAUAUAUGCCCGGUUCAGCACGAUACUAUCAUCAACAGUAUCAUCCAGCAUUGUCUGUCCGACUGUUCCGAUCGAUUUGAACCGUGCAUUUCUCCCCAGCGAAUGUUAUUUUUAUUAUUAUCGCCGCCACAAAUGCUACAAGUAUUGGAAGAUCUCGGAGUGCCCACAGUCGUAUAAUGUUGAAACGUGUUUCCACGGCAAACAAUUGCUUGGUAAAUUAGGACAACCAUCGAUUCAUUGGGCCCGACAGUUGUGUGGUUUGUGUCGAAUCAAGUGAUUUACAGUCACUUGGGAUACGAGAAAGAAUGUUGUAUCAGAGAUACUGCCCCAGAAAAGAGGGAAUAUUCGUGCCAGCCUCGUUGGAAGGAGCCGUUUUCGGCUUGGAGCACCAAUGUGCCACUGUAAUUGCCGUUGCUGUCGCAUCCGCAGCAGCCCGGCAAUCCCUGUUCGCCCUGGAAGCUGCCCAUUCUCAAAACGACCGGAAAAAUUGAGACCCUAGCGAAGGAACCGGACAAUAUAUACAAUUUCUUGGUACUUUGGAUCAGUCUGAAUAAGUGUCGUCACAAAUCGAUUAGAACAACACAACAGCUUCCGGAUUAAGGUAUGAAUAUCACACUACUGCUCAGGAAGCAGUGUCAGAAGGAACAUCCGAACAGGAAUCGGACGUCAAAGCCGACCGUCGUGCACAGCAGCGACUACAUUGACUGCAAACUGCCGUGCCCCCGAACCAUCCUAGACGUUAGGAUCGACAAAACGUUUUUUCUAUGCUUUAGAUGGUAUUAUAAAACCAACCAUUAAAUUAGUGUGUUUAUUGUGAAUGCAAUGCGACGCCUUAUAGCUGGCAUGACUAGUGACAAUUCGGACUUUACCGCAUACAAUAGUGAGCUAACGACAAAAGUUGGCCCAACACCAGUAAGCGUACGGCAAUCACCUCAUAUUUCAAGCUGUAGCACAAAAAAACUUGGAUUGCAAACGGAGAAAGGUGCUCCUUCAUCGUCUCAAACAUUUUCGGAUCACACUAACAACUUCUGUAAUCAUCUAGAUACCGAGAAAAAUCUCAACAAUGGAGAGUUGGCUCAGGUGCGUUUUAAUCCAGCAAGACUUCUCUGCAAUAGCAAGAAACUAUCAAAUGGAUCAAGCGGAAAUUACGAAUUGCUACGUUGUUGCUACAACGUUACUAAAGCGCCGGCAAAAGUACUGGGACUUUUGUCCCGACCGGGGACAUUGACCGCUCCAGCGAGUGACCCCCCACUUCAGGAUGUAGAACCAUUGGAUCAUGCCCCCAUUGACGAACAGCCUUCCGAUGAUUCCCUAGCCUCGGCCGUUACACAGGGCCAACUCUCCUUGUCGCCCCACGAAUACGAGAAUAAUCUUAACGACAAUUCCUAUGAAAGCAAAAAAGUUUCGUAUAUUAAACUGAAUCUGUUGGAGUUCUUCGAGGACUCUACUGGUAACGAUGAUAAGGCGAUAAAGGCAAUGAGUGUUGGUAGUGACGAUCGUUGCGAGGAGGUCGUGGCAACGACUAGUCUAUCCAUUGGUGUGGAUACCACCGAGGAUAACAACGACAAUGGCAAUGAAGAGCUGCCUUUAGACGCAUCUGCUGCGGCCAUGACGGUGAAAGUGGAUUCUAGAAAUUAUAUCCUGCGUAAUUGCAACAUAAACAUAGGUCAACCCACCGGCUGUGCUGAAGUGACUUCUGUCACUAAAAAAACUACUCCCCCGGCUAAGCUUGCCAAUAACAAUCUGCCCGGCGAAGAGGAUAAUGAUGAUCCACGACAACAAGUUCAGCUCUAUCCAAUUCUACUUCCACAAUUGAAAACAGUUAAUGAUUUAACAUCUAUGUCGACCGAUAAAACGCACCAUUUUGCCACCAUAAAUCUGCCUUAUAGUGCACUGUUCUCAGAUGAAAAUGAGCCCCAGUGCAGCGUGACGCCCAUGGAUUGUACCUGUCAUCAUCAUUCGUUACCUAAUAUUCGUUUCCCUCUCAGUACAUUUACUUUUGAUACUUUGAAUUCAGUAAAAUCCUCCCAGCAAAUGACCAACAGUGAUAGCGGCGUUAAUGAAUUAGUUGAUUCAACCAUUGACAGUGAUGGUGGUAACAAUGAUCAUAAUCAAAAUGUACUCCCAACAUUGCAAAAUUGCGCCGGUGUAGAUAGUUGUGUUCAAAGAUAUCUUUAUGACAUUAGUAUUUAUUGUUUGUGCAACAUGAAAUGCUGUUGUAAUUGUGAUGCUAAUAAUUGCUGUUCGACAGAUUGCGCAUCCUGUUUUCAUUUAGUAUGCAAAACAUUUUGUAAUAUGUACUGGUGUGCACCGCAAACGAAGAUCUACCCUACCGCCCCAGAAGUCCAGUUGAAUGAUACGCCAAUUGAAGACUGGACAAAACAAAAUGUCCUAGAAUGGAUGACAGCGGUCAAUUUGUCGCAGUUCAUUGAUAUAUUUGAAUUAAAUAACAUAAAAGGCUGUGAUUUAAAACAUUUGGAUCGUGACAAACUAUUGAAUAUGGGUAUAGAGGGUUUCUAUCAAGAUGCUAUACUAACAUGUGUACAGGAACUUCUUUGUGGUGAGCGUCCCGAUAGAGUGCCCGUAGAACUUCUAAAGGAUCAACGUCAUGUAUGGGCGAGAAGUGAACAAGUAGCCACACCUCUUCGUAAUAUUCCUAAACAAUCCUCAGUGUCAGCUGACAGUAGUUCUUCGCAUCAUCAUCAUUGCUUCGAGGAAACAACAUUUGCUGAUUUAAGAUAUUGUAGUUACUGUCGUUUGUGUUUGCGUGGUGUACAAAACCAAGGGUUGCUCUGCAAAAAUUGUAAUAAAAUAUCGCAUAGAACUUGUUAUGCAAUUCACAAGGAUUUAGAAUGUUCAUCUCAUGCAAAUGCUCUACCUAAAGAACAGUCAGUGGAACUUGAUGGUGGAUUUGUCAAAGCAACCAAUAAAAAUAGUGUUUCUAACAAGGACCCCAGUGCUGUUAAUAUGAAAGUGGUACCAGUAAGGAUUCUCUGUCAUUUGUUUGAUGCCAAGCAGCAUCCAGCACCAAUGGCUCUAAUGAAUCUAGCAUCUGCCCUGGAAAUUAUCGCUAAGGAAAUCUCAUCAGCCGCAACUUUAUGUGAUUAUUACAAUGCACCGAUAUGUACGCCGGAUGAACAUUCGGAGCAACUAAUAGAAUCGGCGGAUACAGUGGUUUACAAUCGUGCACUGUUAUCGAAACAUAAACCUCAACAGCUUGUUGGAUUCCUUAAGAAGUUUCUAAGCGAUUUGAAGGAUCCUCUGAUUCCGGUUCAGUGGUACAAGACAUUUAUGAUAGUGGGAAGAUCAUUGCGUGAGGAGAAGUUAUAUAAUUGUCUUCGGCAUUACAUCGCCCAAUUUCCUGAUCAUCAUAAAUUAACACUAAGCUACUUUGUCCACCAUGUGCGGAAAGUUCUGCAGAUCGCCUACACCAAACAAGAUGCUAAUCAAAUAGAUAUUACUUCAGUUAUACUCUUCGCAUUUAGUUCGAUUAUAAUGCGGCCGCAAUGGACGGAAAUCACGUCGCUUCUUGUUAAUAUUUCUAUUCACGUGAAAAUUCUGGAGAGUUUGAUAAAUGAAGGUAUGACUGCUAUCCGUCCUAGACGUGGCCCAGUCGAUAUACCACCGCCUGCAUUGCCGCCACGUAAAAUUUCUCUCUCUACGCCUAAUUCUAAAAAUCAUCCACUGGUUUGUAGGCAACAUACCGGUAGUAAUACAAAUUCAAAUGGUGGUCGCGAUCGUGGUGAUCAACAACAGCCGCCACUUCCUUUGUUGCCCAUUUCCUCAACUAAUCCAGGAAGUGAACAUUUGAGGGAUGUCGAAUGGUAUUGGGGAACUCUAACGCGAGAGGAAGUUAAAGAGAAGUUGUCGGGUUGCCCUGAUGGCAGUUUCUUGGUUCGUGAUGCAUCGUCCAAAUGCGGGGAGUAUACAUUGACGCUAGUGAAAGAUGGUACCGAGAAAUUAAUUAAGAUUUGUCAUGAAGAUGGCAAAUAUGGAUUUAUAAAACCAUAUAGGUUUAUUUCUGUGAUUGAGUUGAUCAACAACUAUAGAGAGCACUCGUUACAAGAAUAUAAUCCGCAAUUAGAUAUAAUGCUCACUAAACCUAUAUCCCGCUACCGUGUCGGGGAGGACGAUGAGUUUAGCACUGUUAGUUGUAGUAGCAGUAGCGUUUGCGAUAUAGGUGAAUUUGUUAACAAUGCAGGUCCUAAUGCCUCGACUGAUUUGCACAAGCUAAUCAAUCGAUUUCUUGCGGCACAUGAAGCAUGCGAGGCACAAAAUCAAAAGAUGCAACAGAAAAAAGAUCUCUAUGAACAAAUAGAGAAUGAACUGAAUUGGCAAAAACCCGCACAAGAGGCAUUCAACAAAGCCAUCAAGCUAUUUGAAGAGCAAGUUGCAAUGCAGGAUAGAUAUCGCUCCUUAGCGCAACCCAAUGAAUUCAAAUUUCUCGAUAAGAACAAAGAAUUGAUACGAGCCAAAUUGAAAAUUCUGCGUGAUAGCUCGGAACAAUUGAAUACAUACUUGAGAAAACGAAAAGAAUACUUUCAAUCCAUCGAGCGUGAUAUUAAUUCUAGUAAACCGGAAGUUCAUCGCUUCUCACGACAAAAGCAACGGUAUCAUGAUCGCUUAAAGCAAUAUGGUUUCCAUGAAGAUGAGAUUAAACAAUUGAUAGAGUACGGUUAUGAUGCGUGGCAUGAGAAAUAUAAGACAAAUUUGGAGCUACCACACUAUGACGAUUCCUCCUGGCUUUUACAGGAAUGUACACGCGAACAUGCUGAAUCGUUACUGGCUAACACACCAACAGGCACAUUUUUAAUAAGACCGCGUUCAGCUGGCCAUUAUGCAUUAUCAAUUAUGUGUAAAAAUACGGUGAAUCAUUGUAUCAUACAUCAGACUGAACGCGGUUUUGGCUUCGCUGAACCGUACAAUAUUUAUGUGUCGUUAAAAAAUUUAGUAUUGCAUUAUGCCAAUAAUUCACUAGAGGAACAUAAUGACACUUUAGUUACAACGUUAAAAUAUCCUAUUCAUUAUAUAUUACGGCAACAACAGCAACAACAACAACAACAGCAAAGCAUCGGUGAUGAUACUUUACGUUCUUGCUCAGAGCUUGGGAAUAGCAGUAGCAGUAGGUAAAUCGUAUGUUUCAGGUCUGUGCGCAGUUUUCACUCUCGUUUAAACUCCCGAGAAUUUUGGGGAUUGUUAAUAUUAUUGUAGUCAGCUGGAAAGGAAAAGGACUAACUCGAUGUAUAUAUACUAUCUUGAGAGAAUAAAAAAUAAAAAAUUCUAAUAUGUGUAGCUCUGUCUGUGACCAAUUUAACGUGAUGAAAGUUAUGGGGCUGCCUUUUCAGUUGUAUCAUGGAAUGUCUUCUCAUUUCGCCUUUAUAUAUUUUUUAACCUCGUUUUUUUUUCACUCUGCACCGCAUUCAUUCACUGUCCGUCCUCUCUAUGUGCGUAUAUAACGUAAUAAUAUACACAACAUUCAUCUUUCUUCAUGAUUUCCAUCACUCGCCUAAUUUUCCUUACUAAUUUGUAUUCCUUUCUCAUCUGUAUUUUUUUUUUUCAAUCUGACAAAAUAUCAAUUCUUUUGAAUUCAUACUUUUUCUGUUUCAUCAUCUGAGGAUCAACUGGAAAAUGGCAAUGCCAGUUAUUUGUAAGAGUCACGCCUCUAGGCGAUUUUCUAACAAGUAAAAUAUAUUUGUAAUUAAGGAUGAGAAUAAAAGUAUAUAUGAAUCUUCUAUAUUGCGCAUGGCUUGCUUAUAUUUUUUCUGUACUCAUUUCAUACGAAAACAAAGAACAAACGGGAAAAAAAAACUUGUUAACGAUGUUUGUAGUCAUCCAAAAGAAAGUAAAAAAAAAUACGGCAAGCAUACCUUAUAGUAUAUAGUGUAUAUGUAAAGUAUAUUAUGUACGUUAUGUAGCAUAUAUAUACGUGAAUAUUCUCACAUAUACGCGUAUAAAUGUGCAUAUAUGAUACAUAUAUAUAGCACAAAAAGAAAAAAAAUUCAUCUAAUUUGUGAUAUAUUUGAAGGAAGGAGAAUGUUGAAAUAUUAGAAGUAAAUUAGAAAGGUAAAUACAUCAGCAAAAUAUGUGAUUUAUAAAAUUAUUAAUAUUAACUAUGUAUCUGGUUUAUAAUAUAUAUUUUUGUAAUAUAAAUAA